AAUAAUUUAAUUUUGGUGAAGAAGCUGAGAAGGUGGAGAUGGUGGCAUCCAGUUUUUCCUCUUCACGGACCUGACCUUUUCUCUCUCUCUCUCUUUCUCUCUCUCUUCCAAAUCAAAAAUUGAAUUUGAAUCUGCGAUUUCUGCAAAUCCCACUACCAAAAAUCUGUCUCCAAUUACCCUUGUGCAUCAAUUUCUUUCAAUUUUGACGCUAAAAUCGUUCUAGUUAUGAGGAGAGGGAGAGGGGCGGCGGCGGCGGAUGUGGCGGUUCCGGCGCCGCGUGAACCACCUACCACCGGAUCGGAACGGAGAUACAGAGGAGUUCGUAAAAGGCCAUGGGGAAGAUUCGCGGCGGAGAUCAGAGAUCCUUGGAAGAAAACAAGAGUUUGGUUAGGCACUUUCGAUUCCGCCGAAGACGCCGCCCGUGCUUACGACAACGCCGCCAUAACCCUCCGCGGCCCUAAAGCUAAAACCAAUUUCCCUCUCCCUAAUCCCACCUCGUUCUUCGAUUACCCUCCUUUUCCUCCUCCUCCUCAUCAUCAUCCCGUCAACGCUGCUCCAGAUCCUUUCCCCGAUCCCCGAUUUCAGAUUAGACCUACUUCUAGUAGUUUGAGCUCCACCGUUGAAUCCUUCAGCGGCCCUCGCCCUCCCUCCACCGUUACCACCGCCGUUACUACAACUUCUCCUUCCCGUCGUUACCCACGCACUCCGCCGGUUCUACCUGAGGAUUGCCAUAGCGAUUGCGAUUCUUCCUCUUCCGUCGUUGACGACGGCGACGACAUCGCUUCCUCCGCCGUCGUUCCUCGGAGACCUCCUCUGCCUUUCGAUCUCAACAUUCCACCUUCCGAUCUUCUUGAUUUUAGCGCCGAUGAUCUUCGAUGUACCGCUUUGUGCCUCUGACCACCGGCGGCCGCCCACUGGUGGCGAAGAUGAUGAUGAUGCAAUAAUUCAAUAUUUUAUUGUUGUUAUUAUUAUUAUUAUUAUUAUUAUUAUUAAUCUCCACUUUUUUUCCUUUUUUUUUCUUAAUUUACUUCACUGUGCUGGCACGGCAGGCAUAGGAAAAAGAGAAAUUACCCGACAAGAUUAUGAAAAAUCAAAAGCAAUGAUUUAUCCACAGAACUAUAUAUUCUUCUUUUUA